GCGUUGCUGCUCCUGGCCGCGCUGCUGCCCGUCGUGUCCCCGGCGGGGGCUCCAGAAAAGGAAGUGCCAAACAAGCCCUUGCGUGUCCGAGUCCGAUCCUCAGACGACCGGCUCUCCGUUGCGUGGAAGGCACCGCGCCUGUCGGGAGCCAAGAGUCCACGCAGAUCGCGGGGUUUUCUUCUGGGCUACGGGGAAAGUGGCCGGAAGAUGAAUUAUGUCCCACUGACAAGAGAUGAGCGGACGCACGAAAUUAAAAAGCUGGCCUCGGAAUCGGUGUACGUGGUCUCCCUGCGGUCCAUGAACUCACAGGGGCAGAGUCAGCCUGUCUACAGGGCUGCCCUAACGAAACGGAAGAUUUCAGAAGAGGAUGAACUAGACGUGCCUGAAGACAUCAAUGUCCGGGUCAUGUCAUCCCAAUCCGUGCUUGUAGCCUGGGUGGAUCCUGUUUUGGAAAAACAGAAGAAAGUUGUUGCAUCAAGGUACUUUCCAUUAUUUCUUUGUUUUCUGGCCCUGCAGAGACAUGUGUUUAUUUGAAUGACCAUAUCUUCUGACAUAUCUGAAUGCUGACCUCUUCUGUAGCUGAAUGGUAGACUAUUCUAUGACAAUCUAGCUGGUCUCAGGUGCGGUCACACAUUUUCCGCAGAUCGGAUAUGACAGGGCCUCGUGUGUAACGCACACAGCAGGACCUCACCUCUCACUUGCUCAGAGUUUUAUCUUGUGUCUGGAAAUUCCCUAGAUUCCGUUUCUUUCUUUGCCCCAUUUGUGUUUUGCUUUGUCUCA